AAGGGAUAAACUCGCUGUGUAAAUAGUUAGGGCCCCGUCUGGGAGGCAGACACAGCUACUAAGUUAACAAUGUCUAAGCACACGGAUAACGAUAAUCUGCGCAAUGACAUCUACGAGAACCUGCCCUGCCAGGCCAUGUACAAUGAGUCUGUGCGCAAAAUUCAGCAGCAGCAACAGCAGCAGCUGCCAAGCAAUGCGAAUGCCAAUUCGAUGGGCAACACAUCUGGGGCUGGGGCUGGCAAUCUGCCCAAGGAGCUGCUCUAUGCAACGCCGCUGCGCAAAUCGGAUCGGUACAAGAGCAACGAACGCAAACCGGACACCAAGCUGUGCAACUCGAAUCGCUUGAGCAGCACACGCAACAGCAAUGGCAAUGGCAACGGCAAUGCGGUGCCUAUAACGGAUUUGGAUGCCAACGAUGAGGAUGAGCUGGAGCCGGAGUCAGCCGAGCUGGAUGGCAAUGCAUCCACCAGUGCGCUCGUGGGUGGCUCCAAGUACAACAAUCAGCAACUGCAGCAUUCGCUGCCCAGCGGCCAGACCGCAAAUCAGCAGCUGGAGGAUCGACGCAUACUCAACUUUCUGAAGGACACGACGCAGGCGCACAAGAAGUUAGAGUUGGGUGGACGUGACUGUCCCAACGCUAGCUUCUCCAAUCUGGCACGUGAGGAGCACUUUGCCAAUCUCGUGCAGCAAAACUUUGCGCUCGAUGUGCCGCAGCCAAUGGCCAAUGGCAAGAAACAGACGACGACGGACGAGGAGCAGCCCCGAGCGCAAGAAACUGCCGACAACUUGGAGUCGCUGAUGCAGCGCAAGCAUUCGCCGGAUAAGCAGGUCAACGGCCUGGACGCCCACUGCCAGCCGCCGCAGCGCAUCGUGAGCACCGUCUACAUACAUCGGGAGUGGGUGCUCAAGAAGAUUGCGCUGUGUCUGGAGCAGCGCAUUGCGGGCAAGAAGCCGCUCCCAGCGGCAGCAGCCAGCGCGGCUUACGUCUCCACCCGCGCCAAGGCGUCGGCGGCUAUCAGCAGCACCAGCUACAACGGCUGCCUGGUGCUGGGCUCCAAUGGCUCCGGCAAGACCUCCAUCUGUCAGGCCAUCAUGAAGGGCAACUCGGGCACCAAGGGCAUCCUCAACCGCAAGCUCCUGGCCUGCUAUCUCAUCGAGUCGCAGAAUCCCGAGUGCCACAGCCUGUCCCAGUUUCUGCGCAAGCUCGUGCUGCAGCUGCUCAGCCAUGCCUCGCUCAUAAGCCGCACGGAGAGCCAGCGUCUGGUGGAUGAGGGUCUGUCGCUGCUGCGUGAGGAGCUGCAGCAGCAGGAGUGCAAGCUGGACGAGGCUAUGCAGAAUAUAACGCUGAGCGAGAAUGCCGAGGAGCUGCUGAUCGAGGAGCUCAAGCGUGGCGCCAGCGAGUGCGACACCAAGGAGCUGGAGAACUUUCAGCUGCAGCGUACCUCGACGGCGCAGCGUCAUCAGAAGUCCAGUCUGACGCGGCAGCAGUCGGAGCCGGCGCCGGCAGAGCAGCCAAGCGAGGCAAGCGGCAACAACUAUGGCACGCAUCCACCCAAGCGUGGCAAGGACAAGGAUGCAGGCAACGAAAAGUCAGAGCGGGAGCGGGAGCUAGAGCCGGAGAGUGAGAAGCAGGAGAAGCAAGCGGCGGCGGCACUGCCCAAGAGCAGCCCAGUCAAAUGCAAAUCCAAAAUACCCGUUAAGCGCGGCACCAACAAUCGUGGAGUGAGCUCGCCCGCCAAGCUGGCAACCAAUAGUAAUGGACCGGCCAUACAGCAAGGCGGCGGCGAGGACAUAGCCGAGCUGCUGGGCGAGCAGCUGAAGAGCGAAGUGGAGGCGGCCAUACAGGAUGACAAGCAGUCGGAGCCACAAGCAAAGCAGGAGGAGGAGGAGGAGGAGGGGCCAGAGGAAGAGCAAGCAGCGGCAACAAAUGGAGACCUAGAGACGCCCACUGCCCCGCCACCACUGCCAGGUGACAAGCCCAAGCCCCAGCCCCAACCGCCUGCGAGCAACAGCAACACAUUGCCCGCACCACUGCCCAAGAGCAAAAGCUGCCGCACCAACAUAGCCGACGGCUACUACGAGCUGCUGCUGUCCAAUCCGGAGAUACUCGAGUGCCUGAGCGUGGACAACAUCGAGAAGAACCCGGACGAGUGUUUCAAGAAGGCGCUGCUCUUCCCGCUGCUGGAGCUGACGCCGCCCAAGACGGCGCUGCUGCUGCUGAUCGACUCCAUAGACGAGAACUACAUCAACGAGGGCAACUUGAUAUCCACGCUCAAGGGCGGCGGCGGCCCACGCGGCGGCACUGUGACCAACCACAAGAGUCGCAACGUGGCCGAGCUGCUGUCCAAUCACAUCCAUCUGCUGCCCAAGUGGCUGUUCCUGGUCUGCACCACCAAGAAGCAAACGAAGCAGAUCACCAAGAUGUUCACGGGCUUCAAGAAGAUCACGCUCGACGAUCUGCGCAAGUCGCACGUGGUCAAGGACGUGCAGGAGUACAUCAUCAAUCGCCUGAACUCGGACUUCAAGGACAGCAUCAUGCUGACCAAGGAGAUCAUCGAGUCGCUGCAUCAGCUCUACAUCAAGUCCAAUGGCUGCAUCCUCUAUCUGGAGAAGGUGCUCCACGGCAUCAAGCACAACUUCUUCAGCUUCCGCGAGAUCAAGCUCAUCCCCUGCACCCUCAACGGACUCUAUCUCUACAUCUGCCAGAAGAGCUUCAACAAGAAGCAGUACAUGAAGAUUCGCCCGCUGCUCAAUGUCCUGCUCGCCUCCUCCGGCUACGUGGACAAGCUCUUCCUCUACAACUGUCUGCGCACGCACAACUACAGCCUGGACGGGCAGGAGUUCGAGCGGCGCCUCCAGCUCAUGCGCAAUAUCCUCGCCUACGACUCGCAGGCGCAGCGCCUGAAGAUCUUCCACAACAGCUUUGCCGACUGGCUGGUGGACGUCAAGUUCGCCACCAAGAAGUUCAUCUGCGACGUCAACGAGGGUCAUGUCAUGAUCUCCAUGUACUACCUGCUGGUGGCCGAGACGCUCUGCGCCAACAGCGUGCGCCGCUUCGCCUACCACCUGCUCAAGUCCAGCGAGUACCUGAGCAGCCGCCACAUGGAGCUGGAUCUGAUCCUCAUGCUGCUGGAGUCGCGGCUCAACCUCAGCGACUGCUUCUACACCAACCAGCUCAACUGCUGCGCCCAGUGCGAACACGACUUCAAGCACGACGUCAACUUCCUGCCCAAGACGCGCGCCCUGCUGGAGCGAUUCCUCGCCAACGAGCUGAACGAGCCGUUCGCUCAGCUGCUGUGCGACUUCUUCAAGCCCAGCCUGCCCACGGACGGCAAGCUGCUGAAGCUGCUUAUCGAGACGGGCAUCAACAAUGCCGAGGCCCAAACCAGCUCCGAGUCCUCGCUGAUGUCGCCCGCGCUGUCGGAGCAGUCGCAGCACUUGGACUUUGAGCUGGCGGAUCUGCUGCUGAGCAGCGAGAAGAGCUGUCUGCUGGAGACCCAGCGCACCAUCAGUCCCUCGGAGCAGAGCGAGCCGCCGGAGGACGUGGCCGCCAGCACACUGCAUCAGCUGUCGGACUCGCAUCACAUUGAGCUGCACAAGGGGAAGGCGCUGAUCCACAUUCUGGCCAACGAUGGCAACCACCAGCUGCUGGAGCGUGCGCUCAACGCCUGCAAGUCCGCCAUCGAUCUGGAGAUCGAGGACUACAAUGGCCAGACGGCCUUGAAUAUCGCCGCACGCAAUGGACACCUGGAGGUAGUGAAGCUGCUGCUGAGCUUCGCCCAGGUUUGCAACGAUGGCACUGGACGCAUGCAGCGGGUUGAUGUGAAUCAUGCGGAUCGGGAUGGCUGGACGCCGUUGCGCUCGGCCUCCUGGGGCGGGCACACGGAGGUGGUGAAGCUGCUGAUAGCGCAGCCCGCCUGCAAGAUCGAUUUGGCGGAUAAGGAGGGACGCACGGCGCUGCGGGCAGCCGCCUGGAGCGGACAUGAGGACAUACUCAAGCUGCUCAUAGAGUCGGGAGCGGAUGUCAACUCUGUGGAUCGGCAGGGACGCACUUCGCUCAUCGCUGCCUCCUACAUGGGGCACUAUGAUAUUGUCGAGAUUCUGCUGGACAAUGGCGCCAAUGUGAAUCACCUGGACUUGGAUGGACGCAGCGCUCUGUGCGUGGCCGCCUUGUGCGGCUCCUCGGGCUAUAGCAAGGUCAUCUCGACGCUGCUGGACCAUGGCGCCAAUACGGAUCAGCUGGACAAUGAUGGGAUGUCGCCGCUGCUGGUCAGCUCCUUCGAGGGCAAUGCCGAGGUCUGCGAGCUGCUGCUGGAGAAUGCGGCCGAUCCGGAUUUGGCGGAUUUCAUGGGCCGCACGCCGCUCUGGGCCGCCUGCACGGCCGGACAUGCGCCCGUAGUGCGUCUGCUGCUGUUCUGGGGCUGCGGCAUAGACUGCAUGGACUCCGAGGGCCGCACUGUCCUCAGCAUAGGCGCUGCCCAGGGCAAUGUGGAGACAGUGCGUCAGCUGCUCAAUCGGGGACUGGAUGAGACGCAUCGCGACAAUGCCGGCUGGACGCCACUGCACUAUGCCGCCUUUGAGGGAUUCCACGAGGUGUGUCUGCAGCUGCUGGAGUCGGGCGCCAAGAUCGACGAGUGCGACAACGAGGGCAAGACGGCGCUGCAUCUGGCCGCCCAAGAGGGCAGACUGCGCUGCGUGCAGGCGCUGCUCGAUAUACACUCGACCUUUGUGGAUCAGAAGGCGCACGACGGCAAGACGGCGUUCCGGCUGGCCUGUCUGGAGGGGCACAUGGAGACGGUGCAGUUUCUGCUGAAGUUCCACUGCGAUGUCAACUCCAAGGACGCCGACUCGCGCACCACUCUCUACAUUCUGGCGCUGGAGAACAAGCUGGAGAUCGUCAAGUACCUGCUGGACAUGACCAAUGUGGACGUGAACAUACCCGACAGCGAAGGACGCACCGCGCUCCAUGUGGCCGCCUGGCAGGGACAUGCGGACAUGGUCAAGACCCUCAUCGAGGCGGGCGCCGAUGUCAACUCCAUGGAUCUGGAGGCACGCACGCCGCUGCACUCCUGCGCCUGGCAGGGCAACCACGACGUCAUGAACAUUCUGCUCUACUACGGCGCCCUGGCGGAUCACGCCUGCAAGCAGGGCGCCACCGCUUUGGGCAUCUCAGCGCAGGAGGGGCACGAGAAGUGCGUCAUUGCUUUGCUGCAAUACGGCGCCAAUCCCUACAAGUCGGAUCACUGCGGACGCACGCCCAUCAAGCUGGCGGCCAAGUCCAGUCGCAGCAGCAUACUCAAGAUCUUUGAGAGCUAUACCAAAAAUGAAGCUAGCAAUACCAAUGAGGUGAAAUUCCAUGCCAGCAUGCUGCGCUCACCGGAUCAGCCGCCCGCUCUGCCGCUGCAUCAGAAUCUGGCGCCCUAUCCCGCGCACGCCUCGGCCACAUCGGUCUGCUCCGCCGCCACGACGGCCACGGUGCACAAUGGGAGCAAUCUUCAAGCGUUGAAUGCCUCCAGCUCGACGCACAGCUCCAACAAUUUCUAUCAGAACACCAUGCAGUCGGACGCCAGCAGCUUGCACAAGCGCAAGAGCGUAAUCUCUAGUCAAUCCACGGGCAGCAGCAAUGAGCAAGCGCCGCUUACGUUCACGCAGCAGCUGCAGCGCCAGAGCAAGCUGAGCUCGCGCAACAAUCUCAUGAUUAACUCGAAGCAUGCCUCCAGUUCCACUUCGGCGGCGGCGGCAGCAGCAGCAGGUUCACACAAGCCCAACGGCAGUGGCGCCCAUCAGCGUCACUCGCAGCAGCUGCCCGAGCUCAGCGAGCACCAGCUGGCACGCAACAUGACCAACGAGGCGGAUCUCUAUGAUAUGGAAUGCAUGUCGCCGCUUUACGCCACGCCUCCGCAUUCGCCCAGCAGCGAGUUGAGCUCGCCUGGUCCGCUGCCCGGCCUGAACGCGUUUGUCGAUGAUGAUAGAGCCGGGCCCAGCAAGCCCGCCUUGCCCGAUAAUCAUUUUGCGCGCGACACACACAUGCGCAUUAUACUGGGCAAUCUCAAAGAGAAUCAGCCAAGCUCAUCCAACAAGAACAAGCGCAGCAGCGGCUCAAGCAAUCCAGCCAUGAGGCUCAUACGCAGUCGCUUCGAUUCGGCCGCGCAGCUCAUAAGACGCACCAACAAUAUGCUCAGCUCCAGCAGCAACCAGGGCUCAUCCAGCAUUGGCGUCAAGUCAGGCACCUUUCAGUGGCGCAAGGAGAGCCAGAUGUAAACUCUCUCUCUCACACACACACACACACACACACACACACACACACACACAUCCUGAGCGUACUUCAUUUAAUAGAUGUAUGCAUUUUAUACUUAACUGCGUUUCUUUUACUUUUGUAAUUUGUUUGCGCAAUGUGCACACAUUUGUUUCUUUUGUGAUAGUUUCAAUUAUUAGCGUACACUUUAAUAAUUUCAUUAACCCCAAACUAAAACCUAGCCCUAUUAUAUACAAACGAGUAGUUUAAGAGCAAGCGCAAAGUAUUAGACUCCACAAGUUUUUGGCAAAAGCAAUCGCAAUCGUAGCAAACUCAUUAAACGUAGUGAAAAACGAAAUUACAAGUAAUCGAAAAUUUAAACACAUGCGUAUACUUAAUGUCAUGGUAAAGAGAAGAGUAAACUUAAUACAAAAAUUAGCAAUUUAAUUUCAAGCCAUACUUAUGCAUUAACAUUAAACGAAUGGCUGCAUUAAUGUAAUAUAUAUUUUAUUAAUAGCAUUGUAGUUUCUUCGCAUACAACUGAAUUACACGUAUUAUAGCGUUAACAGCUCAUAAUUGUUUAUGUCAAUUCUUUAAGGCAUUAAUCACUCAAACACACACAUGGUUCUUAAGACUAAAGUAUACUAUAUGUUAUCCAUUAAUGCGACCCGUUCCUGUACCUCUCAUAUGUCAUUCAGUCAUCUCAUUUUGAAAGGCCCAUGUGCUAUUUGUGUUGAUUGCAACUUUGCUUGAAUUUAAGUAUUGGCUGACAUAUUUUUCUGAAAGUCUACAUAAUACUGCAAAGCAGCAAUUUAUACUCACGCAUACACAGACAACCAUACAACGUACUUGGCUCGAUCCAAAAAAAAAAAA